CUUGGAUUAGGCUGGGCAUCACAGUGCCCCUCCAAACACCGACGAAACGUGAAACACUCAAAACCUAGCACAGUCCAUAUUCACUGCCUCCCUUAAGCCACAACGGCACGACCAGCCUGUGCAUUCUCCGUCUCUUACCUGCGGAUAUUCUUGGAACUCUUCUGACUUACCAACGGGGUUUGUCAGAUUCUUCAGCGCUUGACUUCGUCAUCGUCAAUCCAAACAUCUAAUACCCCGCUCUCGCGAACUCAAUUUGACUUGAUAUUCAACAAAUAUCAACAUGGCUGGAGAUGAAGAGCACGAUGUGAGUUACAUCAUGCUCCGCACAAAAGACUCUCGAUAGGUCGGCGAAUUAACACAAACUCUACAGGGCGCCACCGUCCAGGAAAUCCUGAUCGAAGCCUGCCGCCGAAACAACCUCGAUCUUCUCAACGACUGUCUUGAGGACAAGUCCGAUGCCGAGAUCUCAAAGCUCCUCAACGAGACCACAACUGUCAUGGGCAACCAUCUCUACCACGAAGCCGCCUCUCGCGGAAACUACGAAAUUAUUGACCACCUCCUCGACCAGCCCGAAUUCGAGUGCGAUCCCAUCAACCGUUCAGAAGGUGACACGCCUCUUCACAGCGCCAUUCGUUGGAUCAACUCAGAGCCGCCCGCGCAGCGACCCUUCGGCAACGCCCUCGUCGAGAUGAUGCUUGAGGCCGGCUCCAGCACACGAGUCAAGAACAAGGCCCGUCUUACCCCCUAUCAGCUUGUCGAUCCUACAAACACAGAACUCCGCGAAAUCAUUCAGAAGCAUGAGUAUGCGAACCAAAAUGCUGGAGACUUUAUCAAUGUCAACAACUCGACGAGCCAUGGUGGGGCCGUGCUCGAUGUUCCAGACGACAGUGAUGAUGAUGCUGAGUUCAGUGGAAGUGAUGAAGAGGAGAGAGCUGAGUGGGAGAGGAGGCGGAAGGAGAAGCAACGCAAAUAGACGUGCAACAUGGCACGUUUACACGAAUUCAAAUAUAGAGGUUACUUCACAAUAAGACGAGGCAAACCAGUUCAUGGGUGGAUAUAAAUCAUCGAAUCUCAGAGCGAUAGAACCUAAGUAGCUUACGCACAGGUGCAAGAAUAAGCAUUUCUCAUCUAAGGUUAUCGAAAAGGGGGUAUAAACGUUUUAAUCAGGUAUAUGGUGCGGUUUCUUUUCCAUCGUCUAUCGUUUCUUCGUAUGCGCACUUUCUGCAGUACGG